AUGGCGGCGCCCUCGCGGCUCCUGAUCCGCGGGGGUCGCGUGGUCAACAACGACUUCUCGGAGGUGGCCGACGUGCUGGUGGAGGACGGCGUGGUGCGGGCGCUCGGGCACGACCUGCUGCCUCCCGGGGGCGCUCCUGCGGGGCUGCGGGUCCUCGACGCCGCCGGCAAGCUCGUCCUGCCCGGAGGCAUCGACACACACACGCACAUGCAGUUCCCCUUCAUGGGCUCGCGGUCCAUCGACGACUUCCACCAGGGCACCAAGGCUGCUCUCGCAGGAGGCACCACCAUGAUUAUUGAUUUCGCCAUCCCUCAGAAAGGUGGCUCCCUCAUUGAGGCCUUCGAGACCUGGCGAAGCUGGGCUGAUCCCAAAGUUUGUUGCGACUACAGCCUUCAUGUGGCAGUGACGUGGUGGAGUGACCAGGUUAAAGAAGAAAUGAAAAUCCUUGUGCAAGAUAAAGGUGUUAACUCUUUCAAGAUGUUUAUGGCCUAUAAAGAUCUGUACAUGGUGACAGACCUGGAGCUGUAUGAAGCCUUCUCUCAGUGCAAGGAAAUUGGAGCAAUUGCCCAGGUCCAUGCAGAAAAUGGAGACUUAAUUGCAGAGGGAGCAAAGAAGAUGUUGGCUCUGGGGAUAACAGGCCCUGAGGGCCACGAGCUGUGCCGCCCAGAGGCAGUGGAGGCAGAGGCCACGCUGAGAGCCAUCACCAUAGCCAGCGCUGUGAACUGUCCUCUCUACAUUGUGCAUGUGAUGAGCAAGUCUGCAGCUAAGGUGAUAGCGGAUGCAAGGAGAGACGGGAAGGUGGUCUAUGGUGAACCCAUAGCAGCCAGUCUUGGCACAGAUGGCACUCACUACUGGAAUAAAGAAUGGCACCAUGCAGCCCACCAUGUCAUGGGUCCACCUUUGCGACCAGACCCCUCAACACCCGACUUCCUCAUGAAUCUGUUGGCUAAUGAUGAUCUAACCACAACAGGGACUGAUAACUGCACUUUCAACACCUGCCAGAAAGCUCUUGGGAAGGAUGAUUUUACCAAGAUCCCCAAUGGGGUGAAUGGUGUUGAAGAUCGGAUGUCAGUAAUAUGGGAAAAAGGCGUGCAUAGUGGUAAAAUGGAUGAAAACAGAUUUGUGGCAGUUACCAGCACAAAUGCAGCCAAAAUCUUUAAUCUCUAUCCAAGAAAAGGAAGAAUAGCUGUAGGAUCAGAUGCUGACAUUGUUAUUUGGGACCCAAAAGCCACAAGGACUAUCUCAGCAAAAACUCAUCAUCAGGCUGUUAACUUCAACAUUUUCGAGGGCAUGGUUUGCCACGGAGUGCCCCUUGUGACUAUUUCAAGAGGCAAAGUGGUAUAUGAAGCCGGAGUGUUCAGUGUCACGGCAGGAGAUGGGAAGUUUAUUCCUCGAAAACCAUUUGCUGAAUAUAUUUACAAACGAAUAAAGCAGCGAGACCAGACUUGCACACCUACCCCUGUGGAGCGUGCACCCUAUAAGGGAGAAGUCGCCACACUGAAAUCCAGAGUGACAAAAGAAGAUGCCCCAGCGGGGACCAGGAAACAGGCCCACCCCUGAAGUGUGUGCUGUCGGUAAAAUCAGAGGAAAGGAGGCUGCCAUUCCCUUCACAGCCAAACAUUGUCAACCCAUGGAGAAGCAGGCCUU